CAUACAUUUGAAGCCUCACCCCUCACCCUUCCCUACCAGAGGCAGCCACAUUCCCAGGCCCCUAUGGGCAUCGGUGUUCACAGAGCCCCGCUCUCAGCAUCGGCCCCGCCCCUUCAACAGGUCUCAGACCAGCCGUACUCAUUCCCAUCCCCGCUUUAACUGUUUUCCAACUUUCACCAGCACUCGAAGUUUCCGUGUUUUGUCCAUGACCUGACCGCCGCCUUUACAACGUGUCUCAACUCCUACAAACUUCGUUGACAGUCCCAAGUUUCCUCCUAACACUAGCUCCUCGGGUCUCUGCCGAACGGAACUGCACUUCCUGUAAGAUGGCCGCCCCCUUGGUGCUCCUCCGUCGUGGCUCACGGGCGCCGCCAUCUCUCUCGUUUUGCCCAAAAGACAAAAUAGAAUCCAGCUCGCGCCGCCACGGCCUUGGAUAGGGCCCAGCCUCUCAAAAAUUAUUCAGCCUAGUGCUUCUGACCGACAACGAGGAGGGAAAGGGAAGGAGGUGUCCAAAAGUGAUUUCAAUUCUUCCUUCUCUGAGCCGUAGCCUCCAUCAUGACAGUUUCCUCCCCGAUCGCUGAGAUGGGCGUGGCCACGUUACGUCAUAGAGCUGGUCGUGGGGCCCGAACUCCAACACGCCGAAAGGCUCUGAGGUCGGGCAGGGCCGGAGGCGUCCCUAGCGACAGCCAGCGAGGGGAUUUGGGCGCCACAGCGGAGGAGUGGGAAUCAUUUUGGAAGUGAAUUCAGUCUUCAGCAGCUGGCGGGAACCUUGAGAAUCUCAGCAGCAGUCCUUAGAAUCAAGUGAAGUAAGGAGAAGGAAGUUCCAGAACCAGGAAAGCGUCACUUCUGGGGAUGCCAUUAAUUUGAGAUGUGAGAGCUAUGAGCAGAAUUUGAGUGACAAUCUAGAAAAGUAAAAAAAGAAGAAGCCCAGUUCCAGUCAUUUUCUAAGAACAGAAGAAAAUGACCAAGGCCCAGGAAUCAUUAUUAUUUGAAGAUGUAGCUGUGGAGUUCACCCGGGAGGAGUGGAGGCUACUAGACCCUGCUCAGAAGGACCUGUACCAGAAUGUGAUGCUAGAAAACUAUAGCAACCUGCUGUCCGUGGGGUAUCAAAGUCCCAAACCAAUUCAAAUCUUCAGGUUGAAGCAAAGAGACAAACCAUGGUUAGAAAAGGAAAAUAUCCACGGUCAGAACUUUCCAGAAGUUGGAGAAAUUGGUGAUCAUAUGCAGUGGUCUUUGGAAAUCCAAAACAAGCGUAAAAAUAUGGAAAGAGGCCGUGAACACAGUUCAUCGGGAAAUGUGUUUCAUCUGCGCAGAAAUCUUGUUACUUUAAGGCAAAGCCAUGAAAAGUUUGAUGUACUGAACUCUAAUUUAGAUUUAGUUAACCAGAAUAAAAGUUGUGUAGCGAAGAAUCCUGACAAGUUUAAUAAAUAUGAGAAAUCGUUUCUUCGUACUAAGCAUGAAAAGCGUUACACUGGAGUUAAAUGCAAUAAAUAUGGAAACACCAUCUGCACCAAUUCGAAACUCAGUAUACAUCAAACUGAAAAACGAAAGAAACAUGAGUGUAUUGAAUGUGGUAAAACCUUCAUCAAAAAGUCUCAACUCACUGUACAUCAGAGAACUCAUACAGGAGAGAAACCAUAUAAAUGCCUUAAAUGUGGUAAAGCCUUCUGUAGGAAAGCAGAGCUCAAUAUACAUAUGCAAGUGGAAAGAGGAAUAAAACCCCAUGCAUGCAGUGAGUGUGGGAAAACCUUCUCCAGGAAAUCUCAGCUCCUUGUACAUCAGAAAACUCAUACGGGAGAGAAACCCUAUACAUGCAGUGAAUGUGGAAGAGGCUUCAUCCAGAAGGGUAAUUUUCUUAUACAUCAGCGAAUUCAUACUGGAGAGAAGCCCUAUGGAUGCAAGGAAUGUGGUAAAGCCUUCAGUCAUAAGCCAUGUCUCGUUGCACAUCAGGUAUUUCACACUGGAAAUCCUCCCUAUGUAUGCAGUGAAUGUGGAAGAGCUUACUUUCAAAAGUCGAGUCUGAUUAGACAUCAAAGAGGUCAUACAGAAGAGAAACGCUAUAAAUGCAACGUAUGUGGGAAAGGCUACUCCACGAAGUCAAUACUCAGUAGACAUCAGAGAGUUCAUACAGGAGAGAAACCCCAUGGAUGCAGCAAUUGUGGGAAAGCCUUCUGCCACAAGUCCUCCCUCACUAAACAUAAGAAAACUCAUAUGAAAGAGAAAUAUGUGGAUUCAGUCAAGAUGGAGAAUGAUUUUCUUGGGAACCACAGCUCAUUAUGCACCACAGAAUCCGUACAGGAGAAAAACUCUGUUGAAACAAUGACAGUGCAAGGGCCUUCUGUGGCCAUGCAGACAUCAUUAAAUAUCAGUGGGUUCCUAGCCCAAGGGAAUGUAGUCCUUGUGGGACAGCCUGUUGCCAGAUGUGUACCCUCAGGUAAUAACAGAGAAUUUGUACAGGAGAGAAACCUCAUAAAUGCAGUAAAUGUGGUAGUGCCUUCAGUUACCAAUUAUGUCUUAUUUUAUGUCACAGGAAACGUGUAGGGAAGAUUUGGUACGUUCAGUGUGGAAAAGCUUGUAGAUCAAAGUUUUAGCUUUUUAUAUAGUUGAAAACUUUCACUGAGAGAAUGCUAAUGAAUGUAGUGAUAAUGGGAAGAUACACCUCAUUAAGUAUCAAUGGCUCUAAGUAGGUUGAAUUGUAAUGAGCUUGACUUCAAAAUCAUCAAUAAAUUCACAUCAGAAAGAAAUUUUAGGAAGGCAGUUGUAUCAAGUCCCUAAGACCACCCUCACAUUUGAUUAUUCUCUAAAAGCAGUCACUAAACUCAUAAAAGCUGCUAUACUUACUGUUACAGUUUAUGACAGUGAAGAGUUACAAAUUGAAAUUAGCAAAUGUAAAAGGUGCAUGAGGCAGACUUUAGGAGAAACCAGGUGCAUCCAGUUGUACUCCCAGUGGAGUUGUAUGGACAGUGUUUAAUUCUUCCAGCAAUGACCUGACAACACAUAUGGCAUAGUGCCAACCAGAGAAACUCACCUGAGCCUUAGUGCCAGGGGGUGGGAGGGGCAGUAAAGGGGUUAGUUAUGGAGGCAUGGAGAAACCACAUGACUGACCUUAACUUCUCAAACUCCAGCCUCCUAAGGAUCAAACUGAUACACAAUGGCCCAGAGCCCCAGGCAAACAAAAGCAGGUGUUCACCAAAAAUCAUAUUGCUAAUGUAAACUAUAUGGCAUGGCCGAAACCCCAGGUGUACAAAGACGCUCUUGGCAGGCAGGAUAUUCCAAGGGCUUAGAGGUUCCUUCUCAGGUGCCAGUCAAGGGUCAUUCCUUUCAUUGGAACGUGCAGGGUCUGAACACCCCAAACUUGCCGAGUCAGCCGCUAAUUUGCACAGCAGUGAAUAGGACAAGGUUUUCAGUAACAUGAUUCCUCAUCACGUGUCAGAAAUAAGGAACGGCUAUGGAUACACCAAAUGUGUUGAACCUUUAGCAGAAUGGCAGAGAUGUCACAAAGGAGAUAAGCUGGUGAUUGCAAUGGAAAUUUGGAAACUUGUUGACGUAAGUCUACCCUCGUUUUGCAUCAGAUUAACACCCUUAAUGUGUAUUUUUUUUUUUUUUUGGCUGUACGCGGGCCUCUCACUGUUGUGGCCUCUCCCAUUGCGGAGCACAGGCUCCAGACGCGCAGGCUCAGCGGCCAUGACUCACGGGCCCAGCCACUCCGCGGCAUGUGGGAUCUUCCCGGACCGGGGCACGAACCCGUGUCCCCUGCAUCGGCAGGCGGACUCUCAACCACUGCGCCACCAGAGAAGCCCCCUUAAUGUGUAUUUUGAUAGAGAAUGUCUUGAACUCUUUCUCAUUGCUUGGGAAUGACUCCAUAACUCAUUUGAAGAUGGUUUAUAGUCCAUGUCACAUUGUACCUAUUAUAUCUAAAUCUUCUAUCAUCUUUGCCGUAUUCUCUUAGAAGCAAGUUCCUAGGCCAGCCCACACUCAAGGGGAGAGUUGAGAAUCUUUGAGGGCCUUCUUAGAGCCAGCCUACCAGAAUAAUGAUUUUCAGGGAAAAAGACAUUCUCUGCCGAGAGUUGCCAUGGUUUCCUGCUUAAACAGUGCUUGAACAGAAGCUGGCGCUCGCCACCCCACCCCCUCAACCUGGCCGUGCAGAGCCAGCCUUCUGCCUCCUCCUCACAGCACCCU